AUGGCUCCCGUCCCCCGCGUCUACUCCAAGACCUACAAGGUCCCCCGUCGCCCAUUCGAGUCGGCUCGUCUUGACUCGGAACUGAAGGUUGUCGGCGAGUACGGCCUCCGCAACAAGCGUGAGGUGUGGCGUGUCCAGCUCACUCUGUCCAAGAUCCGUCGUGCUGCUCGUGAGCUCCUCACCCUCGACGAGAAGGACCCCAAGCGUCUCUUCGAAGGCAAUGCUCUGAUUCGCCGUCUUGUGCGCAUCGGUGUGCUCGAUGAGUCGCGCAUGAAGCUCGAUUACGUCCUGGCCCUCAAGGUCGAGGACUUCCUCGAGCGUCGUCUGCAGACCUGCGUGUACAAGCUUGGCCUCGCCAAGUCGAUCCACCACGCUCGCGUCCUGAUCAAGCAGCGUCACAUCCGUGUCGGCAAGCAGAUCGUCAACGUGCCCUCGUACGUUGUCCGCCUGGACUCCCAGAAGCACAUUGACUUCUCCCUCACCUCGCCCUUCGGUGGUGGCCGCCCUGGCCGCGUUCGCCGCAAGAAGGCCCGUGCCGCCGAGGGUGGCGGUGACGACGAGGGUGAGGAAGAGGAGGAGUAA